ACCUAAAUAGGCAUGCGCGUAACGCGGCGUAUUGCGAUUGGCAGUUGAAAACAGACUCUGGAAAUGAUGACGUCAGCGUCGACACUGAUUCCUGGCCGUUCAUCAAUCAGGACUGGAAAUAAAGGCCCAUCUUGGUGUCAGGCAAAAACCGGAGUAGUCUCUGCUCACCCGACUCCGAUACUCGUUAAACUACGCCCUGCUUCCCCUAUCUUGCGCCUCUCCCCCGACAUCCCUCUCUACUCUGCUCGUAGGGUGCGCAUGGCGCAAACCUUCACCACCCGAGCCACUCUCGGCCUCACCAAGCCUACUCCCAGCGUCAUUCCUCAUAUUGCUUUUUCUGCGAAAGAGAUCGAGUUUUCAGAAUGGAACGGAGAGUUACUUGCAGUUGCUGUGUUGGAGAAAGACAUGUCUAAAGACGAGAGUUCCAAGUUUAAGAAUGCAAUUCUGAGAAGGCUAGAUAUGUUGCUUGGUGGUCUGUUGGGUGACGCAUCAGCAGAGGAGGAUUUUGCUGGAAAAACUGGGCAGCUAACACUUAUCAGGCUUCGCGAAUCAGGUUUCAGAAGGAUUGGCUUGUUUGGACUCGGGCAGUCCACACUUUCUCCUGCACCGACCACCUAUCAAGGCCUUGGUGAUGCCAUUGCAGCAGCAGCUAAAGCUGUUCAAGCGAGUAAUGUUGCUGUUGUUCUUGCUUCAUCUGAGGGGUUUUCUGAAGAUUCCAAGCUCAACACUGCUUCUGCAAUAGCAUCAGGAAUCUUGCUCGGUGUUUACGAAGAUGAGAGGUUUAAGACAGAAUCCAAAAAGCUGUUGCUUAAGUCGGUGGAUAUUCUUGGUCUUGCAGUUGGAGCUGGAAUAGACAGCAAGCUCAAGUAUGCGGGUGAUGUUUGCUCUGGGGUGAUUUUUGGAAGAGAGCUUGUAAAUUCACCACCAAAUGUACUCACCCCUGUUGUACUGGCAGACGAGGCUUCAAAAAUUGCCUCCAUGUAUUGUGAUGUUCUUACAGCAACAAUAUUGGACGAGGAUCAAUGCAAAGAAUAUAAAAUGGGUUCGUAUUUGGGCGUUGCAGCUGCAUCUGCAUCUGCAAACCCCCCUCGUUUCAUCCACAUCCAUUAUAAACCUCCAAAUGGGCAGGUGAAAGCCAAAUUGGCGAUAGUAGGGAAAGGACUGACCUUUGAUAGUGGUGGCUACAACCUUAAGACAGGGCCAGGCUGUUCUAUUGAGCUCAUGAAAUUUGAUAUGGGAGGUUCUGCAGCAGCUCUGGGUGCAGCAAAAUCCAUAGGGCAAAUUAAACCGCCAGGAGUAGAGGUUCAUUUCAUUGUUGCUGCUUGUGAGAACAUGAUUAGCGGUACUGGCAUGAGACCUGGGGAUAUAGUCACAGCUUCAAAUGGAAAAACAAUUGAGGUCAAUAACACUGAUGCAGAAGGUAGACUAACGCUUGCAGAUGCUUUAGUUUAUGCUUGUAAACAAGGUGCUGAGAAGGUAGUUGAUCUGGCAACACUAACUGGUGCAUGUGUAGUUGCCCUUGGGCCCACUAUUGCAGGAGUCUUCACACCCAGUGAUGAGCUAGAAAAGGAGCUUCGUACAGCUUCAGAGGUCACUGGUGAGAAGUUUUGGAGGCUGCCAUUAGAGGAAAGCUAUUGGGAGUCUAUGAAAUCAGGCGUGGCAGACAUGGUCAACACUGGACCACGCCAGGGCGGUGCUAUCAGUGCUGCACUUUUCUUGAAACAGUUUGUUGAUGAGAAGGUCCAGUGGCUUCAUAUCGACAUGGCAGGCCCUGUUUGGAACGAGAAGAAGAAAGCUGCCACAGGAUUUGGGGUCUCCACAUUGGUGGAAUGGGUUCUGAAAAACUCAUCUGCUUAGCUCUCGCUGAAAUUCUCUGAAAUCAGCAUAGCAUCAGGUUUAGUAAUAUGUGAUAAAAAGCUCAAUUGGGCUUUUGCCAAAUCCAAUUGUGGCGUGAAAUAAAAAAGAUGGAUGUGAGUGGGAGAAAUGCGCAGUUGAGUGUGUGUAAGUAUUUAUAAUAACAGUGCCAUCUGCUAUUUAUGAUUUUGAUCUCAUAAAUGCCAUAAAUGUUAGAAUCAAAUGACCUCUUCUUGGGGACUCUUGAUUUUUAUUGGUGAAUGCUUGAAAUGUAUAUGGAUGCAUCCUUCAAGGUAUGUUUCACAACAUA